AUGUCCAACUGGCUGCAAGAUAUCCGAGACGACGUCAACCUCGCGCAAUUGUCCCUCGUGGGCACCCACAACUCCGGCUGCUACCACACUGCUCUGCCGUCGGUGCAGUGCCAGGGCGCCUCCAUCACCGACCAAUUGAACAACGGAGUUCGAUUCCUGGACAUUCGAGCCGGCCGACCCUCGCUCGGCGGUCUUGGGGGGCUCCUUGGUUCCUCAGACCCCGAUGAUCUCCAGGUCAUCCACGGCUCCUUCCCUGCCCGUAUCCCCAAGGCCUUUCCUCUGGAGGAGGCUCUGGGCGAGAUCUACCAGUGGAUCGAGUCUCACCCCUCCGAGACGGUCAUUCUGUCACUCAAGGGCGAGGGCCAGACCUGGGAGAAGGACGACUUUGCCGAGCUGGUCUGGGCAAAGUACCUGGACAAGGACCAGGGCCGAUACUACCUCGGCGGUGAGAUUCCCCGGCUCGGAGACGUGCGAGGCAAGAUUGUGCUCUUCCGACGGUUCGCCAUUGGUGGCCAGGACCUGUUGAACCAGUCCCACGGCAUGGGUAUCGACGCCCACUGGUGGGACUACAACACCACCGACGACGACCGAGGAACCUUUGCCGUCCAGGACUUUAGCGAAAUCAAGGAGCCUGCCGACGUGGAAAAGAAGAUGGGCUACGUGGAGAACAUGAUGAAGCGGUCCGAGCAGUACAACGCAACUGCCAAUGCCCAGCCCAAGCUCUUCCUCAACUACACCUCGGGCUCCAACUUCUGGAACCCCGCCUGCUGGCCCGCUGCCGUGGCCAAGGGCUUCACCGACAAGCUGUCCACCGUUGUGGGCAAGGGCUCCGGUGUCACUAUCGUUGACUACGCCGAGACUGACGACUGGAAGUUUGUCAAGUCCGUCAACGGUUCCAACCUGGACUUCAAGAAGUGA